AUCUGACUGAUGUUGUAUGUAAUUUUCAUUGGUAUUAUUCAGUGUGUGAGAAAGUGGAAAGCAAGGGGAGGACUACUUACAAUGAGGUAGCAGAUGAACUUGUGGCAGAGUUUGCUGAUCCUGGCAAUAGUGUCACAUCCCCAGAUCAGCAACAAUAUGAUGAGAAAAACAUUCGAAGAAGGGUGUAUGACGCCCUGAAUGUUCUCAUGGCGAUGGAUAUCAUUUCUAAGGACAAAAAAGAGAUACAAUGGAAAGGUCUGCCUCGUACUAGCCUGAACGAUAUUGAAGAAUUGAAGACAGAGCGUCUGGGACUCAGAAACAGAAUUGAAAAGAAAGCCGCAUAUUUGCAAGAACUGCAGGAACAAUUCAUAGGUCUUCAGAACCUGAUACAGCGAAAUGAGCAAUUGUACAGCUCUGGGAAUGCUCCAAGUGGAGGUGUGGCUUUACCUUUUAUUCUUGUUCAGACACGACCUCAUGCAACCGUCGAGGUGGAAAUAUCAGAGGAUAUGCAGCUGGUGCAUUUCGACUUCAACAGCACCCCAUUUGAGCUCCAUGAUGCCAACUAUGUUCUAAAGGCAAUGAAAAUUUGUGAAAGACCACAGGUUGAUGAUAUGGUGCACAAUUUCUCUGCAGAUGGUGGCGAACGUUCUAGCUUGUCAGGUGUGCAUCAACCACAGAUUCCUCUUCCUUCAGUGUCAAACACUUCAGUUAGGCCUCCCACCUCGCCACCACUUCCUGGAAUUCUAAAAGCACGCGUGAAGCAUGAGCAUUAGUUGGUAAGAUCAAGUUGAACAUCCCACUGUGAACACUGCCAUGUCUAUAUUUUGCAAAGAAGUUCGCCAGAAGUGAAUAGGCCCCUAAUGAAUAUGUUCAUUUCAUUAGAUUGCCAAUGUUCUGGAAAUAUCUAUUGCAAGCAGAUGGGUAAACUUCUGGCCAAAUCCUUUGUUUACAUAAUCCAUUGUAAUUGUUUAUCCUAUUCUUUAAUUUGUUGCUUUUUAGCCUCCACUGUAGUAGAAAUGGGAGUGUUAGACUGUAGAGGAUUGUCCAGCUCCAUAGAAGUCAUAAUAUCAGUUCAACAA